AUGUCAGCCGGGACAGUGGUCAUCGCAGGAGGAAUUCUGGCUACAGUCAUCUUACUGACCAUCGUCGGCGUACUGUGUUUAUGUAGGUUGCAGUAUUACUGCUGUAAGAGGGAGGAGUCUGAGAAGGGGGAAGAGGAGGAACCAGAGCUCGCCACCAUGUCGCCGUCCCGGCCCCUGGCUCUGUCCGCUCCCCCUACGCCUCCGACGCCGGAGCACUACGGCAUCGAACCGGAGAACUACCCUCCCACCUUCCUCACCGAGGCCAACGGGCCGGCCAGCUACUCCCCCACGCCGCCACCGCGCAGGUGCCAGCGCUCGCACGCCUUCUGCCCGUCCUGCGCCCGCUGCUCGAUGCCCUUCUACCUGCAGCACCCGGAGAGGCUGUGCAACGGCGGCCGCAGGAUCAGCUACAGGACUGUGCAGCAGCAGGAUCUGGAGCUGCCUGUGGACCUGGCCAGCUUCUACCACAAGCUCAACCUCAUCCGCUCCGUCACCAUGAAGGAGGUGGUCACCCACAGCAUCAGCACCGACGUGUAGGAGCAGGCGGGGUGGAGGCGGCGCCGCCCUGCUGGCCUGGAGGAAGGGUGCACUGACUCGGUGCAUCAAAUUAACAUAUUAUACGUAGAAGUAUACAGCAUUGAUACCGUGCAACGCUACAACACUGAGGGCUUCUGGGUGAUCUCCUGGCAGCCAUAUUGGAGGUCUACAGCUCUGGAUCAACUGCUACGUAAACGUUUGUUUCGGACAGACUUGAACAGACUAAUUUUUGUCAGUUUUGACUUAAAACUAAUCAUUUUGUGACCAAUAUGUCUGAUUUUGUUCUUUAGAAAAUUGCUAAUUAUCUAGUUAACCAAUGUUAUUUAAUUAAUGUAUGUGUAUCGAAGUAUAAAUAAGACAAUUUACAAUUUGUCAGUAAAUUAAACAAACAAUGUUGUUUGUUUGAAUGCACCACACACAAGAUAUCUGUCUCUCCGCCCGCAGCCGGAGAGAGCAGGAAAACACCAGCACCCGGUCGGUAACGAAACAACAACAUAACUCGUUGCAGAGCUUCGUCACUUCACAAGACACGGAAAAC